AUGUCAAAAAAAGGAGACCGAUUGUUUGUAGAAAAUGGUUUAGCUUCAUCGUAUGCAAGGAAUAAGAUGGCAGGAAUCGCAACUAAAUUCCUUGUGGGUGGUAUGCUCUUAAGUGGAGUCUGCAAUACGAUAUUAAACAAACUCCAAGAUAUGCAAUGUGUAAAUAAUUGUGAUAACCCAGACCCAAAGAAACGAGAAUAUUUUGAACAACCAGUCUGGCAAACACUAAACAUGUUCAUUGGGGAGACUAUGUGUUUUGUCUUGGUCAAUUACGUGCCAAUAGAAAGUGAGGGAGAAGAAGAGUCAUCAUCUAGAAUAAAGAUUGAUGAAGAAGUUUCUGGAACAACCGAAGAAUUAACUGGAUGGAAAGUUUUGUUGUUUUGGCUUCCGACAAUGGCUGACAUCUUGGGAACUACUUUGAUGAACGUUGGGUUGAUCUACACCUCAGCGUCAGUCUAUCAGAUGCUUCGUGGUGCGGUUGUAAUAUUCACCGCAGCAUUCUCUAUAAUAUUCUUAAAACGAACCUUAUAUGCUUUUCAUUGGGCUUCAAUAUUCCUGGUGGUUCUCGGUGUUACAAUUGUAGGGCUGAGUAGUGUAUUAUUCCCACCACGUAAACCUUCAGACAGUAACUUGACAACAAUAACAAAAACUGAAGGAAUUUCUGAUGCAGCCGCUGCUUUAAUCGGUGUUUUCUUUGUAAUAAUUGCGCAAAUAUUCACCGCAUCUCAAUUCGUUAUUGAAGAAAAAAUCAUGCAUAAAUAUCGCGUGGAACCAUUACGCGCCGUUGGUCUCGAAGGAAUCUUCGGGCUGAUCACAGUUAGUGUUGGAAUGAUCAUAUUACACUUUAUUUAUGGAGUUACACAUCCUGAUGGAUAUUUCAACAUAUCCAACGGGUUUCACCAAAUCUUCGAUAAUGCUGGCAUAUGGCAAACCGGGGUGGCUAUUUGUUUUUCGAUUGCAUUUUUCAACUUUUUCGGGUUAAGUGUGACUCGAACUCUUAGUGCCACUGCUCGAUCUACGAUUGAUACGACUAGAAACCUAUUUAUUUGGAUUGUAGCAUUGUUUUUGGGAUGGGAAACUUUUUCUUGGUUGCAGCUUAUUGGAUUUGCUAUUUUAGUAUGGGGAACGUUUCUUUUCAACGGUGUUGUUAGACCACCAUCGUUCCUCGAGCCGCCCGCACCUGCACCUGGACGUCGUCGCCCUUCCUCUGAGAAUGCGCCACUAUUGACGGAACCUGAGCACAUUUAG